AUGAAAGGAGAGUUUAGCUGUGACAUGAGCGAAAGACAAGCACGGGGAAUUUAUCUGAAAGUCAAAGAGAGUUUACUAAGCCGUCAAGUAGUAGAGCACGAUAUUUAUACCCCUCAGCAACUGACAUUCCAAACUCGUCAACGUAAAAUG